AUGGAGCCAAUUAGCCCUGAGCCCUGUCCGUCUGAGGCUUCAAGCAUCUCCGCAACAUCUCAUCAACCUGCAACAUCUCCUGAUAAGAUGGUGAUGAAGAUGAAGGAAAUCGAUGAGAAUCCGCCUCAAGAAUUGAACCUUCUCGAACCCUCCGAGUCCUCGUAUCUUCAGCUCAAUCUUGAAGCCCAGAACAAUAUUAAUGAUGUGAAUGAUAUGCUCCAAAACAACACAUCAUCAACUCUGGAACUAAAUCUGUUUAGCCCCCCGAAUCAGCUUCCCCUUUCCUCCCUUGCACCAAGUGAAUCAUCAAACGAGAAAAAACCCGACCACUCCACAACAUCCUCGUCUUCUAGAAGCUUCUCUUGCAGAUAUUGUUCUAGAAAGUUCUCCACAUCACAAGCUUUAGGGGGGCACCAAAACGCUCAUAAGCAAGUGCGGAAAGACGAAAAAAGAGGCCAAAGUGGCAGUUAUCAUGAUAUUGAACCUUACAAUUUACAUCCAUCGUUUCAUCAUCUCAAUUACUAUCAUCCCUACUCAACCUAUUCUCACCAUCUUCCUUUGUACGGCUCAUCGGUUAAUUCAUUUCUUCAUAGGCCAAAUCUUCGAUGGUCCUCGCCUUCCUCCCCUUACCGUUUUGGCAAUCACAACCCUACAUGGUCUGGUCCGGGGCCUUAUGAACACCACAGGCUAAGGUUGGAAAGCUUGCAACCACAGAAUUAUGCCUCGUCGUCGUCUGCACCACCGGUGUCUUUGUUCGAUAUGCAAAGUACUGGAGUAAGAGAUCUUUUGGGAGGAGUCUCUUCAUCACCUAUGAAGAAUUUGGAAUCUGAUAUCGGAAAAGUGGCCAGUGGGGAUGAUGGACAAGGGGAGAAUGCCUCGGGACUCGAUUUGAAUCUUAAGCUUUAA